GUUGGAGACGAUUAAAUAUUACUUUUUUUUUUCUAUAUCAUACCCCUGGAAAUUUCAAGCCCAAAACUUUCCUUUCAGCCCUUUCGCAUUCCCGUUGUUGCAGAUUAAAAUUAGCUUGAUCAUUUGAUGAAAUGAGGCCAAUUAAACUCCCCGAACCUCCUUCUAGUCCACGCGGAGUGCCCGAGAUCUUCGACGGAGGGGUUUUUGGGGUGAUUCGACGUGCUAUUAUCAUCGGAAAUGGAUUUCCUGGCGCUGAGAACCAGUGUAUUGGGUUGGUUCGUGCUCUUGGUUUCUCACACAACCAGUUCCUCUAUCGUGUUAUUCGGCCUAGAGGAGGAAUAAAUGAGUGGUUCCAUUGGCUCCCUGUCUCUCUCCAUAAGAAGUUGGAUUACAUCUUAAGGCAGAUUUGUGUUUAUUCACAUGUUUUGUUUGCAUCAGGAGAGAAAAAAAUUGCUUCCCUACCUUCAAGUAAUGGUAGCAGUGUUGGCAUAUCUUCUAUUUUGGAAGCUGACGUGAAGCAGAUUGUGGGCAUGGCUCACAAGACUUUUGAUAAAGAUGGCCCUCUAUUGGUUGUUGCAUCUGGAAGAGAUACCAUAUCCAUUGCUAGCUCCAUAAGACAGUUGGCAUCCGAUUAUGUGUUCGUUGUACAGAUUCAACAUCCAAGAACACGUUUGGACAGAUUUGACAUGGUCAUCACCCCUCGUCAUGAUUUCUACCCUUUGACUCCUCAAGCACAAGUGCAAAUUCCACGGUUUAUACGACCAUGGAUUACUCCACGUGAACCACCGGGCAGAAAUGUGGUCCUCACUGUUGGAGCUUUGCAUCAAAUUGAUUCCACUGCUCUCCGAAGUGCAGCCAAAACAUGGCAUGAUGAAUUUGGUGCUUUAUCUAGGCCGUUACUUGUAGUCAAUGUUGGGGGGCCCACAAGCCAUUGUCGAUAUGGUGUUGAUCUUGCAAGACAGCUGAUAGCCUACUUGCAGAAUAUUCUUUUGAGCUGUGGUACAAUAAGAAUAUCUUUUUCAAGGAGGACUCCGGAGAAGGUUUCUAAGAUUAUAGUGAAAGAAUUGGGAGAUCAUCCCAAAGUUUUCAUAUGGGAUGGGAAAGAGCCAAAUCCUCAUCUCGGCCAUCUCGCUUGGGCUGAUGCUUUUGUCAUCACGGCCGACUCGAUCAGUAUGCUGAGUGAGGCUUGCAGUACAGGGAAGCCUGUCUAUGUGAUUGGAUCUGAGCGCUGUAAAUGGAAGUUCACGGACUUCCACAACACUCUCAGGGAACGAGGUCUUGUGCGCCCCUUUACGGGUUCUGAGGAUCUAUCAGAAAGCUGGAGUUACCCUCCCUUGAAUGACACUGCUGAGGCUGCCUUAAAGAUUCAACAGGCACUUGCUGAACGUGGAUGGACUAUACGAGCAUAGACCACUUUUUUGCGUUGUACUUAGAAACUCAUUCUAUUCUUUGGAUAAAUUGGAAUUUAUCCCGCUUUUACAGAAAAAAGAAAAAGUUAUGGUUUUUACUUUUUACUUUAGUAUGUUAUGUUUGGUUUUUUGGCUUGAACGAUAAAGAUAAGUCACUGGGGUUGACGGCGGCUUGUGAAUAUAUUACGAGAUAAAAUACCAUACAUUGUAAUUUAAUGAAAUAGUGUGGGUUUUGGUAUUUCUUUUAUAGAAGUAUGUUGGUUGAGUAAACAAGACAA